AUGGUCGGGCGUAUGGAUGGAGCCAAGGGGGAGACGGUGUGCGUCACCGGCGCCGCCGGGUACAUCGCCUCGUGGCUCGUCAAGCUCCUCCUGUCCCGCGGCUACACCAUGAAUAGUUCUGAUAAUGUUUCAGGUGAGAAGAAGACCGGCCAUCUGAGGUCGCUAGAGAACGCAUCUGAAAAUCUCAAGCUUAUCAAGGCCGAUCUGCUUGAUUACGACGCGAUGGCGGCUGCCAUAGAGGGAAGCCAGGGAGUUUUCCAUGUCGCGAGCCCGGUUCCUAAGGGGGAUGUGACUGAUCCAGAGGUUGAAGUUUUGGGUCCUGCUGCUACUGGUACGAGGAAUGUACUGGAGGCUGCGUCCGCCGCCAAGGUUCGGCGGCUGGUCGUCGUGUCAUCCAUAGUCGCCGUCGAUAUCAACCCGAAAGAUUGGCCCACCGACAAGAUCAAAGAUGAAAGUAGUUGGUCAGACAGAGAGUUCUGCAGGAGCAACGAGGACUGGUAUUCGGUUUCCAAGAUCACCGCAGAAGAGGCGGCGCUCGAGUACGGGCGGCGGACCGGCCUGGAUGUGGUCACCCUCAACCCGGCGGUGGUGUUCGGUCCCCUGCUGCAGCCAACGGUGAACGCGAGCAGCCAGUUCCUCAUCUACUUCCUGAAAGGAGGCCCUGACCGGAUGAGGGACAAGCUCUGGCACAUCGUCGACGUGCGUGACACCGCCGACGCGCUGCUUCUUCUCUAUGAGGCGCCCGAGGCCACCGGCAGGCACAUCUGCGCCCCACAUGUCAUCACCGCCCGCGACCUGCUGGACUUGCUCAAGAGCAUGUACCCUGACUACCCUCACAUAAGCAAGGAAAGCAUCAGUGACAUGGAUCACCCGGCGCCAAUGACCACCGACAAGCUGAAGAAGCUGGGGUGGAGCUGCCGGUCGCUGGAGGAGACCAUCACGGACAGCGUCGAGUUCUGCCAGAAGGCCGGGUUUCUGGACGAUGUGGAGGGGGCGGGGCCAUGCCGUUUCCCUCCUCUUUACAACAAGAUUUAG